GCUUCUUCUGGGCACUGCCCUCACGAAUUUGGAUAAAAUAUGCAUAUUUUCUUCAGGAUCUAAAGCAAAAUCUACAUUUUAAACGAUCAUCAAUUAAAGUAGAGUUGUUAAUUAACAAUAUCCACCAUGGCCCAGUGCAAACAAACCGCUAUUGAGUUCAUAAAGGAGGCUUUUAGCCCGAUGGUUUCGGUUCUCUGCAGUCAUGAUGCAGAGCAGCUGUGCCAGAAAAACAAUUUGUCGUUCGUCGAAAUGAUCCAGCCUUUCUGUAGGCUUACACAUGAAGCUGCUCAUAUCCGUGAUCCAGGCAACAUUCCCCACACUCUCCACAACCUGCGUAUCAUUGUGAAGGAUAUGAACGGCUCGAUACCACAGCCUACCCUGGCCAGGAAGAUGAUGAGUGAAGCUGUGGCCAACACGUACCUGCCAUCCCUUGAUAAUGCCAGGGGCAAUGUUAUAUCAGUUGGGACUUAUGACUUGCAGUUGAGUGCAUCAACCCCAUGGUUCGAAUCUUACAGAGAAAUGUUCCUCCAGGUUGCCUAUCCAUCAGAACAUGAGUUCCUAAAUCAUUUUCUAGCAUGCGUCUUCGUAGUCUCCUCAUCUCACGUGGACCCGAUGGACCAGUUCCAGAAGCUGGCCCAGCAGCAACACCAACAGCAGCAUCAGUCGCCCAAUAAACUACCCAAGUGGUUUAGUCCUAAUAUUCUCAAGUUUUACGUCUUGAUGCAUGACGUCGUCGAAGGAGAAGAAGCUAAAGCCGAGGCCAUCUAUCAGGGCAUGAAAUCGACAUAUGGCGCCAACAAUUGUCACCUGCUGCAAAUCAACUCCCGGUCGGCUCAGACCGCUGAGGCUGUCACACAGACGGGACUCCCGGACCCCUGGAGUCAAUUCUUACCGAGAAAAGUAGAUUAUACUGAUAGCCCAGAGGACAACAUGUUUCCCAACCAGUCGAGCAGUGAUGGGUCCAGCCUCUAUGGUAAAUCACCGACCACUGAAUCUGUGGAGACUGCUGCUGAAGCAACUGAAGAAGCUGUCACACAGUCUAGUGAUAUGAUCGACCACCCACUUGCCCAGAAUGAUGAAGAACACUACACAGUCCCGAGGAUGAUGUCAAUGUCGAUAUGUGAAGGGAGUAUGCAGCCCGUGUCGUACCCGCAGCCCAGCAGCCUCGACCUGAACCAUCCGCACCAACACGGCAUGUGUCUGACUGUCAGCGAUCACGACAGACUGAGGAUAUUUAUCCAUGAGUUUAUUGUGCGGGGACUGAUACCGUGGGCGGAGAGAACAAUGAGAGUGCUAAAUGAGCAGCUGAUGUCUCGGAAAGGUAUCCACCGGUCCUUCUUCAGUGCCACCAAGAAAUGGUUUGGAAGUAACAAGGCACCAACUCCACCUGGGCCAACUCAGAAUACAACUGUGGUGUACACCCAGGAAGCACCUGAGCUUCAGAUGCGACGUUACGCUGAUCUUGCGUUCAUGUUCCAACAAUACGAGUUGGCCUACCAGAGCUAUCACAGUGUGAAGAGAGAUUUCCAAAAUGACCAUGCGUGGUUACAUUAUGGUGGUGCUAUAGAGUUGGCUAGUAUCGCCAUUUUCAUGCAAGGCACGACAAGCCAACGGCAGUAUCCACAUCAUUACAUGGAGUCUGCUAUAUCUACUUACCUCAACACAUGCCGGUCACCCCAGUUUGCGACGAGAGCAACACUACUGUGCACCGAAGCUCUGAAGAGUAAAAACUUGUUUGCAGAGGCUGCCAUGCAGUUCAUCAAAAUGACAAGUGAGGAUUCUGACUUGAGGAGCGCCCUCCUCUUAGAGCAAGCAGCUCACUGCUUCAUCAACAUGAAGGUCCCCAUGGUCAGGAAAUAUGCAUUCCAUAUGAUACUAGCUGGCCACCGAUUCAGCAAGGCUGGGCAGCGACGGCAUGCUUUGCGGUCAUACUCUCAGGCGCUACAGGUGUACAAGGGUAAAGCGUGGACACUAGCAGAAGACCAUAUCAACUUCACCAUCGGCCGCCAAUCACUCAAUCUAAAACAACUGGACAAUGCGGCGUCUGCUUUUCGACACCUCCUGAUCCAGGAGAGCAAGCAGACGCCAGUGCAGCAGAACGCGUUCCUACGGGAAUAUUUGUUCGUGUAUAAGCAGUUGAUUAGUCAGAUGGCCGGGGACGGGAACACGAUGGUCAAUGGAUCAUAUCCUCAGCUUCCACUGCCAUCUGUUGACGGAAACAAUACCAAGGUGUUGAUCAGUGGACUGGAUCCUGAUCGGACUCAAGACAAUUGCGUAUGUGCCACGUCAGUGCAGUUUUCGACCGAGAAUGAUCAAGUGGGGCAGUGGGACCUGCUGGAGCAGCAUUUGGUCGCCUCGGCCAGUGGGGGCGCAUUGCCUAAACUCUUUCGGCCAACAGUCCAGUGUUAUACGAACUCAACAAAUAACUCAUCGAACCCUGUGACAGUGAUAACUGAAACUGUAUUCGUGGAGGUGCUUGUCCAGAAUCCCCUCAAGGUGUCCCUAGUCCUAUCCGACGUUCACCUCCUGUGGAAGUUCCUGCCCGUCAACUAUGGGGAAGAGCAAAACAUGGAGACACCGCCGCACAUGAUUACCAAUGAGAGAGAAAGCAAAAAGACCUUCUUCUUACUCUUGCAGAAUUGCAUAGCAGAUGAAAUCAUUGACACUCAAGUAAUACCCGAAAUUAUCCUAGCUGGAUGUGAGAAAAGACCUAUUCGUCUCUGUCUCACUCCACACAACACCGGCGAGCUUCAGAUCACAGGUGUCGCCUACAGUCUCGGCUCAAGUGCUGCACCGAUACAAACAAUAAGCGCGUCUGGGAGCCCCGUCUCUCAGAAGCGCCCCAGUUUUAUCAGCACAAUAGCAGUCCAUGGCAAACAGAGUCUGGAGGUCCAGGGUCCGAGAUUGAACAACACGAAACAAGAUAAGACGAGUAAAACCUACGGACCAGAUCGACGGCUAGAUUUGAUCGUGGCGCCAAAAAUGCCUCUACUCGAUGUGCGGUUUUACAACUUUCCACAAGCAAUGCUCUGCGGAGAAGUCCGACAAGGGAUGGUACAGUUUGAAAACAAAGGACAGGUCCCACUAAACAGACUCAAAGUCGCCUCGACAAACCCUGAAUUUUUCACAUUUGGCGUGCAAGACUCUGUGCAAGAGAAGUGUAUAUAUCAGACUAUCCCCGAUAAACAGGGAAACGAGGAGUAUGUCUUGGACAAGAUGGACGUUAAGCGUGUCGUAGACAUUCCGAUUCCAAACGGUGUUUUAAAUCCUGGUGCUUCAGUUUCUUUACCAAUGUGGAUACGUGGGCCUACCACGAGUGCAAUCCAUCGGAUAGACUUCUUGUUCUAUUAUCAGUCGGUGGAGAAGAAUCCUAAACUCAGUUACCGUUUGCUUCAUCAUUCUGCUGUUAUUGAUACGACGCCAGCUCUCAGCCUGACUGCCAGCGCCCAGAGGGGCACAUCCUGUGAUAAUGAAUCAGGGGAACCGGAACUCAACACACUUGUCGUUGGCCUGGAAUUAGAAAAUCUGAAUCAGGUUCACGACUCAACGAUCAUAGAAUUUAGCAUUCUACAGGUAUCCUGUGCUAGUCAAAAAUGGGCAUUGCAACAUCUGAGCACGAGAAAAAACACGGAUAUCAAAAUCAACCCCAAGGAGAAAAUGAUCAUGUCUUUCAAAGCCAAGAGAUGUACACACAAAGCUAGUGCCGAGGAAGUGGUGUUCACGAAUGUCACCUUCGAUCAACACCAAGUGCACAGUGCUGCCACCCCAUGUGCAGACUUCUACUUCCGCUCACAACCGACCCCACCCCUGGAAGCUAUCGAGAAUCAAAUCCCCAAACACAUGUUGCCUACGCCUGCCCCAUCAUUGCCCACGUUUGAGGAACUAGAGGAAGCGUUAUAUGCAAAGAUGACAUUGGUGGCCAUAUGGAAGGCAUUUGUGAUCAAUGAUACUGGUGAAACUCUAGUCCUGCGUGGUCAACACCACAUAGCGUUAGAUACACUCAACUGUGAAAUCACCUCUCCUCCUGUGCCAAAGUUGCCCCUUGAGCAGCCACCAGUUAUAAUCAUCAAAGAGCCAGCACUCCCUGUGGAGCCUCAACCUGACCCGGCUGCCAUGACUCAGUUGAUCAAGUAUACCAUCGAAUGUAGCAUUCGAGUCACUCAUGAUUUUGCCUUAUCUAGGGUGUGUGUUCUACCUGUGAUGCUAGUCCUUCAUAAUUGUUCCGAUACGCCAGUAAAAAUAGAAAUAGACACAAAGAAAUCUACUGAAAGUCCUUCACAAGACACGAGCUACCGACAUGAAGUCACCUACCCAACUCCGUGCGAUGCCUUUACGUGGCUGAAUCAGACUUCCAGUAGAAGCACCCUCGAGGCCUCAGGAACCCUUGAGCUGAAACUCCUGGCUGGCUUCUGUCUUCCUGGUGUCUAUAACCUAAGCACAGUUAAGGUCCAAGCCGGGGUCGAUGGAAGGCUCGUGAGGCAAAAACCGCCUGCUCCCGCACUUGUCAUUGUUGCGUCUACCAGCCAGCCUCCUUCUAAAGACUUGGAUAUCAAGAUGUGAGGUGACGCGACCGUGAAAACAAUGAUAGUACAGGACUGAAAUUAAAUUGUGUCAAAAACUACUGAAUUUAGCACAAAAUUUCUUCACUCGCUGUCAUAUUUUGCAAAAUGGCUGCGGAUUAUCAGAUUUGGCAAAAUGCAACAUUUCAGUCUUGUAUUCCAUUAUCAGAACCGAACCAGAAAGCAGAGUUGCGUCCACAAUCUGAAUGUCAAUAUUAUUGGAGUUGCGUUCCCAGAAAUAUUUUUUAAGGUUUAGAAUCAUCAUAAUGUUACUUGUUACUUUAGGAAGAAUAAGGAAUAGUAAUGGUGUCUUGACUGAUAUUUUCCUUUCGUCCAAGACAGUUAUAGCCGUUAAAGGUUUGGUAGACAUGUAUAGCUUGGAUGGGAUCUUGUUGUUUUUGCCAGUAGAUCUAUUGUAAAGAGAGAAAACUAUCACUCUUUUCUGCAAACGAUACCACUGUGCUUAUCAAUUUAAGUAAGUGAUACUUCUGUCAUUGUAUGAAAUACGAAGUCUAUUUUCGGCGUAUAAAGUUCUUCCAUGAAGUGAACACAACUCCAAAGUAUCACUGACAUUUAGUUUGGAGCAUUGAUGCAACUCUACCUACUGCAUUCGGUUUCUGGUGUGGGUUUGGGGAAAUAACUACGUCUCUAAAGCGUUGAUUUGAUUUCAAGACUGAAACUGUUCCUAGUGGCUGUGUUUGUUCUGUAUAACUGGUGAGAUGCCAUUUACCGAACAUUGUGCACAGAAAGUUGGGGGGUAUGGAUGCAAUAUAAGAGUCUGUGGAAAGGAGGUAGUGAAAAAGGACCUCUUUAGUGUUUUGGGGAUUAUCUAAGUAUCUAAGAAGAAGCAUGUCUACCCCUAGUCCUAUGUAGUGGGGGAGAUGGGCUAAAAUGUAAUCUCACCACCAGCCAGGACUAUUGGCUGUUGGGCAUGAGGUUGUGCCAGAUAUUUUCUAAUGGAUAAUUAUGUGCAUGUUGCCAAAUAUCAUUGUAUUCUUAAUGUCUAGUUGUGAUGAAUUUAGUUCUGGCCUGUAGAGAUUGAAACCUUUCCUAGAGAUAUGAUACAGGCUUCUAAAAAGCUGUAUCACUAAGAGUUGAUCUUACAGUCUGUACGCUUACUCUUGGAGCAAGAAUGGCUAAUUAAAAGACCCUGUUUGUGUACGCUUGUACAUUUUGCUGUAAGAUUUCUGAAUGUAACGCAAAAGACAAAAUUUGUAUGUGUAAAAAAGAGAGAAAAUUUGUAUGUGUAAUUCCCUUUUCUGGGAUUAAUUUCCAUCACAAGAUUAGCCAUGGUGGCUGUAAACUGGAUGUAGGUCAUCCAAUAUUCAGUGGAUGGUUUUCCAUCACCUUCUAAACUGUUUAAAAUGGAAUCAACCUUCCUUGUGCUUGGAAAUUGUAGUGAAAAAGUCUCAAGACAUCUUGAAUUGAGCUGUAGGCUGUGGGCAAAAUACAAAAUGGGGCUUAGUUUAUGAAUUCAUGAAAACAUUUUGGGGGCAAUUGAAGUGCUCUUAUCGUGAUAAGUAAUGUGCUUACUGGCUUCACAUACAUGUAGAACAAGAUCUCUUCACAAAAAUAGUAGCUGCUAAACCAGAUAUACUAACAUCAGUAACUAGCCAAUGCAACUGCUCUUAACUGAAGAAAUAAUUUUAGUUCAUCCGUUGCCUUGGAGGUGGCAGCACAGAGGGAAGCAUAUGCGGCCACCUAGGAGUGAAAUGAUGAACUAAACUUACUGCUCUUAGGAUUGGGUAUUCUCAUUAUGAUGAAAGUUGGUGUAUCUGGUCAACGUACAACUAUUUUUGUGGAUUAAUUUUGAUUUCAUUAACUCAUUCAUAUGAUAAGAGUAUUUUUACUUUGCCAGGACAUGUGUCAUGAAUGGCAGCCUUUUUGGAUUUGGCCAACAGCCAGAUGGUAAUCAUGCAAAUAAUGUGCAAUAUUGCUGUAUCUGUGGUAAGGAAUCAAUUUGUUGUAUUCUGUUGGGUAAUGAAGGAAGUGGGGCAGGUGGCAUCGAACAUUAACAAUUACCCAAAGUCACUCCUUGGGUAAAGAAAAUGAUUACACGUUUCCCCAAACUUGAACGAAACUGAUUGUAAGUCUGUUUGAAGGAGGGUUUUUUUGUAACUAUUCCAGGGUGUUAUAGUGCUAUAUAGUUAGUUGAUGUAUAUUGUGUAAAAUUAUGAAUUAUUUCUUUUGAAUGAAACGGAAGUAAAUUAAUAUAAUAUGAGUAAAAUUA